AGAUUUGUGUUGGUUUUGUUUAAUCCUACACUGGCUCAGCGACAUGACGCACAGGACUCCUCGCUGUCUCGCGUCCAGACGCUCGUGACGCCGCAGUGCUGCUCAACGGCUACCGGAGACGCUUUGCUGAAAAAUGCUCCCGUUAUCCAUCAAAGAUGACGAGUACAAGCCUGCCAAACUCAACCUGUUGGUCAAGAUAUCGGGCUGGUUCAGAUCAAUUCUUGCCGAUAAAACCUCUCGCAAUCUGUUUUUCUUCCUGUGUUUGAACCUGUCGUUCGCGUUCGUGGAGCUGCUGUAUGGCAUAUGGAGUAACAGUUUAGGUUUGAUAUCCGAUUCCUUUCACAUGUUCUUUGACUGCACCGCUCUCCUGGCAGGCCUUGCAGCAUCGGUCAUUUCACGGUGGAGGUCCAAUGACUCCUUCUCAUAUGGGUAUGUCAGAGCAGAAGUGCUCGCAGGAUUCGUGAAUGGCCUUUUCCUCAUCUUUACCGCCUUCUUUAUCUUCUCAGAAGGAGUAGAGAGGGCGCUGGAACCCCCUGAUGUGCACCAUGACCGUUUGCUCCCGGUGUCUAUAGCAGGGCUGCUGGUGAAUCUUGUAGGAAUAUUUAUUUUUCAACAUGGAGGACAUGGACAUUCACACGGUGGUGAAGGUAAGUAUCUCACACAGAAUAAGCAUGCGGUCAUGCUUUUCAUUAAAACCAUUCUCCCCCUCAAUUUCUUCAUUUCAGGAGUUUUUCUCCACAUUGUUGCGGACACGUUGGGCAGUGUCGGUGUCAUCAUAUCUGCCAUCCUAAUGCAAAAAUACGACCUGAUGAUUGCCGACCCCAUCUGCUCCAUGCUCAUCUCGAUUCUCAUAGGAGUGAGUGUGGUUCCUCUGCUCAGGGAAUCCAUAGGGAUCUUGAUGCAACGGACGCCUCCUUCUCUGGACCAUACCCUUCCUGAAUGCUACCAAAGGGUCCAGCAGCUUCAGGGUGUCUAUAAUCUCCAAGAACCUCACUUCUGGACCCUUUGCACAGAUGUGUAUAUUGGUACACUCAAACUUCUUGUGGCACCUGACGCAGAUUCUAGAUGGAUUCUCAGCCAAACGCACAACAUUUUUACACAGGUUGGCAUCAGACAACUGUAUGUUCAGAUUGACGUGGCAGCCAUGUAGAAGUCCGCCACACUUCUCCUGAUCUUUGGGAGUCCUGGGACCAAAGGCCUUCUGUGCUGCUGUGGGGAAAUUCUCCACCUCAACCCAUCUCUCUUUGGGUUUCUGUCGCUCCACUUCCAUCUUGGAUCAAGAUGGAGCUGGUGCAGUCCAGCAGUCUGACUCCACUCUUACCAGAAAACAACUGACCAGCUACAACAAUGUGAUGUUUUUGAGGGAAGGAAGAAUUUGCAACAUUGGUGCACCCAAUCGAUCAUUUGAACUUUUUUUUUUUUUUGGAAAUUCCCCAAUGCUUUUGAUUUUUAUAAUCCUGACAAACUGUUUCUUUUCCUCAUAAUUGCUGCCCUUUUCCAUUAUUAGAAUGGGGUUUUAAUUAUUGAAUGUGGAGUUCAGUGGACAUUUGUAAAAAUAGCAGUAUGUGAUUCAUUGACUUUUUGUACUUCACCUGCUUUAAUUUUCAGUUGCACAGUUGUAAAGAAGAGCAGAAUUUGUUCGCCAAUGCCACUAUGUAAACAAACAUUUGUCUGCAUUUCUUAAGUGCCUUUUUAAAAAAUGAUCAUGGACAAUCGCUUGGACCAUCAUGUUUGAUGGUCAACAUGAAUGCGAUGAAAACUGGAUCUUUAUGACCUUGAGUUCUGUCUACAUUAAAACAUUCCUUUGCAUUUGG